GUAGCUCCUCCUACUCGCGUUCUACAGAAGCCGAUAGAUAUGGAUUUCGGACAUUGUCAUCGUACACCCUCCGCGAAAGUUAGCUCUACCGAUAUUAAGUUCCAAACGGACAAUGUUGAACCGAAAGCUGCUUGAACUCAGUGCAAUGGCGAGUGGUUCCACGUGAGAGCAGACGAAGACUGAGAUUCGACUUUGCCGAGCGGAGGACCGUAAUAGUUGGGCUGUUCGCGUUGCCUGAGCUUCUUGUGCCUUCUCCACAACUGGUCAAUUCCACAUCAUCCCCUUCAUUCACUCAUCAGGAUUCAAAUGGGGCUGCUGACGAUCCUCACCAUCUACAUCAGUUUCAUCCUGAUGCUGGUGUUCAUUCUCCUCUUUGGACCCAGCCCGAGAUUCAGACACGGCAUUGUAGGAAAGAUGCACGUCUUUAUCACAGAGACGUUCUGGACAUAUCUCGGCAAAGCGAUGAGUAGAAUGUGCGGGAGCGGAUCUCUUACUAAGUGUCAUGGCUGCUGGUCUUACCUGACCGAGCAAAGGAACCCUUCGCUCCAGAUCCUUUACUUGUUUUUCAUUACCGUAUGUAUCGGAGUCUUCAUGAACAGCGGCUACGAUCUCUUGGAUGGUACAGCACUUUCUCCAAUCCAUAAAAAUAUUAUCAUCCCAGUUGUGAUUGCUUUCACCUAUGCCUGCUUUUUCAUCGCCUCAGCAAUUGGACCUGGAGAAAUUAAUGCCGACAAUGUGAAAAAGGCGCUGGAGGUCUACCCAUACGACAACCUUUUAUUUUAUCCCAAAAUCUGCGGAACUUGCAAGAUUCAAAAGCCCGCACGUUCAAAACACUGCUCACUCUGCAACAUGUGUGUCCAAAGAUCUGAUCACCACUGUGGAUGGAUCAACCAGUGCGUGGGACACAGGAACCAUCGGUAUUUCAUUCUGUUCGUCUACAGUGCGGUGCAGGUAUGCUGGUAUGGCACGUUCCUUGUCUACCACAUUUUCUGUUCGCGCAUGUACGAUUCGUCCAUGUACAAGUUUUUGGUGGUUACCCAACGCUGGGAUCAACUGGGUCCCCUGCGAUCCUAUCAUCUCUUCCUUCAUCAAAUGCAAACGGACAAGACUCUGGGAGGUUUGGGUCUAUUUGCAGGACUGGCUGGAUUGGUCGUCUUCAUCUUCUUGGUGUACAAUAUCUAUCUAAUUGCCACUGGCGUGACCACAAACGAGAACUUCAAGUGGGAGGACAUUGGGGAGAUGAUUCACCGACGCGAGCUCGUUGAGACAGUAGAAGUAGACACGAAUGGUGUUCCCAUUGGUCCCAAGCGAUUUGAACAACGAGACCGUCGUCACCCUAGCCAUCCCCGCCAUGUUCCACCUACUCCUCAGCAGGGCCCUCAACCUCAGCCUCAACAGCAACCGCAGCCUCCACAACAGCCACAACAACCACAGCAACCACAGCAACCGCAACACUCUCAGCAGCAUGCCCAAUCGUCAAUCCAGGGAACUAAAGGAAAGCAAGUCCUUACGAGAGAGCAAAUUAUUAUGAAGCUGAAGGACAUCAACAACAUUUAUGACGAGGGUGUGAAAGCAAACAUUAAGUCGAUUCUCUGGCCUCCAUCGCUCGACAAACCAUUAUCGUCAGCAGGCCGCAGCUCCAAUCGAUCGAUUUAUGAGAAAGUGCAAAAGUCCAAGAAGGGCGCCUGAAAAGAUACCUCUUGGUGCUACCAAUACCAAUUUCAUGUGUAAUAAACUUUGAGAGAUCGUCCCAAUUGAGAACUCAGUUGAGGUCCUCAGCC